CCCAGGGUCCUCCCUGUCCAAUAUCUCUCCAUCUCAGCCGUCCGGCUGCUGCACCCACUUCCUUUUUUUAUUCUCCAUCAAUUAUUAAUUUAAUGUUAUAAUGUCCGUCCCUACCGGCCGAGGCGUUGAUAUGGUCGAGUUCUAAGAUCGCAACUCCUCCACGCCUGCCCCUCUCUUUUAUUCCCCCCUCCUCUCUCUCUCGUCGUCGCAUUGCCGGCAUUGCGACCUUCUGCCGGCCGGCGGCGGCGAUGACGAUGAGGAGGGUGGCGGCGUCGCUGGUGCCACCGUGGUUGGAGCACCUCCUCACCACACCCUUCUUCUUCACCUGCCCUUCCCAUUCCGACGCCGCCAGGAGCGAAUGCAACAUGUACUGCCUCGACUGCUCCUCCUCCGCCUCCGGCGGCUCCUCUGGCGCCUUCUGCUUCUACUGCCGCUCCGACCGCCACUCCGGCCACCGGGUCAUCCAGAUAAGGCGGUCAUCGUACCACGACGUGGUGCGGGUGUCGGAGAUCCAGAAGGCUCUGGACAUCACCGGUGUACAGACGUACGUGAUCAACAGCGCGCGCGUGCUCUUCCUCAACGAGCGCCCCCAGACACGCGCGAGCGCCAAGGCCGCCGCCUCCCCCCACACGUGCGAGAUCUGCUCCCGCUCCCUCCUCGAUCCCGUCCGCUUCUGCUCCCUCGGCUGUAAGUUGGUGUGGAUAAAGAGGGAUGGGGACGCGAGCUUCGUGCCGAAGGGGGGCGGAGAGAACGAUGAGCCCGCGAGCGAGAGCGGGAGGGCGGAGGAGGAUAUCGAGCGGUUACCGGACCGCAGAGAGGGAUCGCGUGAAGGGUCAAGGCACGUCAUUGGGUUCUCCGCUCCUGCUUCUUCGUCUUCGUCGUCUUCUUUCCCCAGCUCGAGGCGGCGAAAAGGAUUUCCCCACCGCGCCCCUUUUGGCUCCUGACGGCGAAAAAGGAGGUGAUUCGUUCGUAGAGCGCCACAUCAGCAUGACAUCGGAUGGGUGAUCGGCGGGUACUGUGGUGGUGCUGCUUAGCUUUUUGUCCUCUGCUCCAUUCCUGUGUUUUAUGAACUACUGGGUUGUGGAAGGUUUGACAUCCCUUUCAAGGACCACUGUGGGGCCUUCGGAUAAAAAGAGGACCGCAAUGAAGGGGAGAUGGAGCAGAUUAAUGGAGGGUGGGUGUUAAAUAAAAGGUAAUUCUUAUGUGGUAUUGUAGUUGAUUGUCUUUCCUCAUGCGCUCCAAGACAAGGUUGUGGCCCUGUUAGGCUGUUAGACGCCCCAUCAAUGAUAACUAAGAGAAUAGAAUUUAGAUUCUCCUUCUAGAGAAUUUAUUUUGUUGACUUGCUGCACUGCGAAGAAUUUUAGUUUUGAUUGAUGUUACUUUAAUGAUAUUCACUGAGAGUAGCCUCCUUCAAUAGAGGUAGCAAUGCUUCACCGUUCAAUCAGUUUAACUUAUUUCAAUCUGAUUUAAAUUAUAUUAAA